GGGGGGUGUGAAGGCGGGAGGCUGUGCUGUGCCCACUCUCCUGACAGUCGGGCGUGUUACCUCAGGAACAUGGUGAAGGGAAGCUGGAAACAGGCUAACCCAAAUUCAGAUCCAAGAGGCACCAGGCUGAAGACCAUGGUCUCGAAGCUGAGUCAUCUCCAAGUGGAGCUGCUGGGAGCACUGCUGGAGUCGGGGCUGACCAAGGAGACCCUGAUCAAGGCGCUGAGCGAAGCGGAACCCUACGCACUCCAGAGCGAAAGUCAGCGCGCUAUCAAUGCUCUCCAGACAGAGAAAGGGGAACCCUGUCCCGACAUCCCCAACCUCCCCAACGGAAUGGGGGAGUCCAGGUUAUCGGAAGAUGAAACCUCAGAUGACGGGGAGGAAUUUACCGCUCCAAUAAUGAAGGAGCUGGAAAACUUGAGCCCUGAGGAGGCUGCUCACCAGAAGGCUGUGGUGGAAAGACUAUUACAAGAGGAUCCCUGGCGAGUGGCAAAGAUGGUGAAAUCCUACCUCCAGCAGCACAACAUCCCUCAGCGUGAGGUGGUGGACACUACUGGUCUGAACCAAUCUCACCUUUCACAACACCUCAACAAGGGCACUCCCAUGAAGACCCAAAAAAGGGCAGCCCUGUACAGCUGGUACGUCCGGAAGCAGCGAGAGGUGGCCCAGCAAUUCACACAUGCUGGCCAGGGUAUCCUGGCAGAGGAGCCCACGGGAGAUGACCUGCCCACCAAGAAGGGAAGAAGAAACCGCUUUAAGUGGGGUCCUGCCUCGCAACAGAUCCUGUUUCAAGCCUAUGAGAGGCAGAAAAACCCCAGCAAAGAAGAGAGGGAGGCACUGGUGGAAGAGUGCAACAGGGCAGAGUGUAUUCAGAGAGGUGUUUCCCCUUCCCAGGCCCAGGGACUGGGCUCAAACCUGGUGACAGAGGUCAGAGUUUACAACUGGUUUGCCAACCGCAGGAAGGAGGAAGCUUUCCGGCACAAGUUGGCCAUGGACAACUUCAGUGGACCACAGCCCACCUCUGCCCCACCUCUAACUCCUCACAACUCCUCCUCCCUCCAGCCACCACCUGCUCUCUCACCCAACAAAGUUCAUGGAGUGAGGUACAACCAGCAGCCAGCCAGUGAGGCAGAGUCCUCCAGCGGCAACCACCACGGGAACAGCUCCAUGGUGACCACCCAAACCAUCCUGCAUCAGGUUUCUCCCCCUGGACUGGAGCCCAGCCAGAACCUACUGAGCACAGACACUAAGCUGGUGUCAGCUCCUGGAGGAACUCUCCCUCCUGUCAGCACCCUGACUGCCCUGCACAGCCUAGAGCAAAGCCCUCACACACUGAGCCAGCAAACCCAGAACCUGAUCAUGGCAUCGCUGCCGGGCGUCAUGGCAAUCGGCGCCGGUGAGACCUCAUCCCUAGCACCAGCGUUCACCAACACUGGUGCCUCCACCCUGGUGAUAGGCCUGGCCUCAACCCAGCCACAGAGUGUACCAGUAAUAAACAGCAUGGGGAGCAGCCUCACUACCCUGCAGCCCGUCCAGUUCUCCCAGCAACUGCACCCAUCCUACCAGCAGCCCCUCAUGCAGCAAGUCCAGAGCCACAUCAACCAGAGCCCCUUCAUGGCUACUAUGGCCCAGAUACAGAACCCUCACGCUCUCUACGGCCCCAAGUCUGAAGUGACCCAAUACACACAUACAGGCCUCUUGCCACAAACCAUGGUGAUAACAGACACAGCCAACCUCAGCGCCCUGACUAACCUGACACCAACCAAACAGGCAUUCACACCUGACUCAGAGACUCACACCGAGUCUGGGAUGCACACACCAGUGUCACAGGCACCAACUAUUCACCUACAGAACCAAGACACAACCAUCCAGCACCUUCAGCCUGGCCCACGCCUCACCUCAAGCCCUGCUGUGUCCUCCAGCAGCCUGGUGCUGUACCAAAGCUCUGACUCUGCCAACAGCCACAGCCAGCUGCUGCCAUCCACUCACAAUGUCAUCGAGACCUUCAUCUCCACGCAGAUGGCAUCCUCCACCCAGUAAUCAAGACAGCAAGCACAAGGGUGACUGCCACGACCGACCUGUCAGCUGCAACUCCAACCAUGUUUGCCAUCACUGUCACCACUGCCUUCCCCAGGAAGGAACAGCUGCUGUGCUCAGCUGCCCUCCAGCCCCACUGCCUCACACAAACCCCUGCUCAGCUGCCUCCAGGAGAGAAAAUGUCUCAGGCUCAAGACAGAAGCCAUGAAAAGGUGAUGCUGGCACUGCUAAAAUCUACUGCCCUGCCCUAAAAUAGCAAACCUAAACCGCAUGAGCCAGCCCAGAAUGACCAGACAUCCUUUUGUGGCUGUCCAAGAAGGAAUCCCAUCAAGACAGGGAUCUGAAUGCAAUAUGGCAACAGCGCCAAGGCACGGAUAGGACUUUGAUUCAGCUCAGCUUUCAUCAAGCUGGGCCUGUACAAACCUGCCAACACCAGACUAAGCCAUACAGGAAAGAGCAAAGCUGAGCUGCCAAAGAAGGGACACUGUCUUUAAAAAACACUCACCUCCUUUGCUGCAAGGAAGCACCAAUGGGAACUACAAGAAAUAACAGUCCCUUGGAGG